AAAAAGAGAUGAAAUUCGCAUAGUGGCAAUAGUGUCUGUUAAAUGUAUAUACAUAAAAUGGUUUUUUUCUUGAUUUAUUGUGAAAUAUGCUCGCCAUAAUUAGGACUUGGAACAAUUGAGGACAUUUUCAAAAGUAAUAAACAUUUUUUAAGUGAAUUACUAUCAAAUAAUUAGAAAUUAAUGGACAUUUAGCUGCAUUCAAAGAGUCGGAUAACUACAGAUUACAAACUUCAUUGUUUCUAGCGUAGCAUCAUUGGCUAUAUUGGAUAAAAGAUGUCUGUCCAUUAUAAAUUCAAAUCUACUCUGGACUAUGAUACGGUAUCAUUUGAUGGAUUACAUAUAUCUGUUGCCGAUCUUAAGAAAGCAAUUUUUCAUCAGAAACGUAUCGGAAAAAAUACAGAUUUUGAUCUUCAAAUUACUAAUGCUCAAACGAAAGAAGACUAUGUAGAUGAUAAUGCAUUAAUUGCAAAAAACACGAGUUUGAUAGUAGCUCGAGUACCAAUAACAGUCCAACAGAAGAAAUCUUGGGAUAGGUCAGAACCACAACCAUUCAGUAAUUCUAAAGAAGAAUCUAAUUUGGGUCAUGCGGUUGAUUUAACACGAUUAGAUGGUUCCGAAGAAGAUAAAAUUCGAGCAAUGAUGACUCAAUCAACUCAAGAUUAUGAUCCAUCGAAUUAUAUGAAAAUUCGGGGUGCCAAUCAAUCUGGAGACCUUCCACCUAAUUACCUUUGUUAUAAAUGUCAUCAACCAGGGCAUUGGAUUAAAAAUUGUCCUCUUGGCUUAAAUCAGGAACCUAUUGAGAUCAAAAAGAGCACUGGUAUUCCUCGGAGUUUCAUGGUACCAGUUGAAGGACCAUUAGUUCCUGGAGCUAUGAUGACUCCGACAGGUCAAUAUGCUGUCCCAGCAAUAGACCACCAAGCAUAUAAGGAAGGUAAAAAGGAACGUCCUCCUUUUUUUCAAGACCCGGAACCUGUAGCAAAAAAACCAGAGAUACCAGAAGACUUACUGUGUACUAUAUGUAAAGAUUUAUUAACUGAUGCAGUCAUGAUUCCAUGCUGUGGAAAUUCUUUUUGCGAUGAGUGUAUUCGUACUUUUCUAUUAGAAUCAGAAGAUCAUGAAUGUCCUGAUUGUAAUGAAAAGGAUGUUUCACCAGAAACUUUAAUACCAAAUCGAUUUCUACGCAAUGCUGUGAUGACCUUUAAGAAUGAAACGGGUUAUGCUAAACGACAAAGUUAUCGGUCACUCACACAAACAACAUCACCUAUUAAAAAAGAAACUGAAAAAAAAGAAAAUCCUGUAGUAUCAGCUGAUAAUGAUUCCAAAGAGCCUCCAACAGUAACAUCAACAUCCGUUCCUCCUGAGCCUUCACAACCAGUGACAAAUCCAAUUGAACGUUUAUCACAAACGAAUCCCGAUGAAGAUUCGGAAGUAGUUCCACCACCUCCCCCCGGUACGGAGCCUCUACUCCCAAUUCUACCAUUAAUUAAUAAAUCGCCUGGAAAUAAAAACGAACCAAAUAAAGAAAAAAAAGAUGAUAACUAUGAGUAUGAAGAAAGUAAGCUACCUCGAGAACGACGUCCAAGUUUUGGUAAAGAAAAUAAUCGUGAAAGAAACAACGAUAAUGGACGUCGUGUAGAAAAUAUAAAACCAAUGAAUCGUCGACGAUCUCUUUCUCCAAGACAUUCCCAUCACAGUGAUUAUAUAACACAUAAUCCAUCUAUACCUCAUAUGGGAAAUCAAGCAAAAGGAUAUCAAAGUUCAUCAGCUAAUUUUCCGCGAUAUUCUUCGAAUGUUCAUUAUGAAUCAGAAAUUCAUAGAACUAACGAGGAUCGACCGGGAACACCAACAGUUGAUGAACCUCAUUUACAUUUAUCUCAUAAUGUUCAUCAGUCUCAUUCUUCAGUUUGUUUGUAUCCUCCGGGUGAAGAUAGAAUGGCUGUUUUGCCACCACCAAAUUACAAUCAGCCACCUCCGUCUAUUCCACCACAUAAUCCGCCACUCUUACCUGAUCCAUAUAUGGGACAACGUAUGCCCAUGUAUCCUCAUCAACAAGCACCUCACUACGGAAUGACAAGGUACGAUCGUCCACCAUUUCCGCAAUCAGGGUUUAGGCACCAAGGAGCUCGUAAUUAUGCUGGACCACCAAGACCUUUACGAGGAAUGCAUCACGUCAACUAUCGAGGAAUUCAACCACCUCCUCCAGAAUUAGGUCGCAAUUAUCAUAAUGGAAAUCCUACUGGAGUUAUUGACGAUCCUCUGGAAGCUUUUGAAAGAAUGUUACGAGAAAAAGAUGAAAGAGAUCGAAGAUUGGGUAAACGACGACGAUCUCGGACUCGAUCUCGAUCGAGAAGCUACAGUCGAUCACGAUCUAGGUCUUUCGCAAGGCGUUCUCCUCUUUCAUCCCGAAUGAGUAGAUCUCGUAGUCCAGCUCCUAAAAGAAGGUCAUCAAGAACACCUUUAUCACUAAGACAACGUAGCCGAACCCCUAAAAGAAGAUCUCGUAGUGGAAGUUUUUCCAUCAGCAGAUCAAGAUCAUAUUCUCGAAGUCAAUCGCCAAGAGGUGGUAAUUUAAGAAGUCGAGAGAGAGAAAGAGAUCGGGACCGUGAUUUUCCUUCUCGCUAUAGAUCACCUGUUAGAUCACCUAUUAGAUUUCAACGAGAUCGUGACCGCGAAAGUGCAAGAUCACGAGAAUCUCGUGAAAGGCAUAAUAGCUAUUACAACGAUAUGAUCGCAAAUGAUAAUGGAUUCAAAGAUCGUGACCGUGAUAUUAUAUCAAAUAAGGAUAAAUCAAGCAGUCGUUAUUCAUCGCGAAAUUCAUCAAUGCAUCAUAAUAUACCACCACUUAUGCUUUCACUUAAUACGGGAGGACAUCCACCACUAAUGAUUGGAGCUUCAUCAGAAAGGAAAGACUAUUAUGAAUCUUACAACAGAUAUCCUGGAUCAUCGAAUGAACGAUUAAGCAGCCCACGCGAAUCUCAUCAUAAGAGAAUCGAUGAAGUUGCACCACCAGGAACUGAAGGAUAUUAUGAUUUGGUGCCACCAGGAGUGGAUUACCCAGAAAAACCUAAUAAAGAUGAUCGAGACAGAUUCCGAGUUAAAGACGCUGAUAAUCAAAUUAAAGAUUCUAAUAUUGAUAGUCGUGAUCGCAUUCCAAUACGUGAUGAUAGAAUGUUGAAGGAAUAUGAUGAUCGGUUUAGAGAAAGAGAUGAUAGAAAUCGACGUGGAUCCGAUCGUGACCAUGACAGAGAAAAUCAUAAAGAAAAAGAAGAUCGAGAUAGGUUGAAUCCACUUCGAGAACGAGAAGACAGAUAUCGUGAAAAAGACGGAAAAGACAAAAAAGAUAGAGAUGAUAAAUAUAGAGAUCGUAAGGACGAUGAUCGUUUUAUCGAUAAAAAAGAACAUGAAAGGGAACGAUAUCGAGAUGAUCGUGAUCGACACAAAUUUGAUGAAAGAAAUCGCAAUAAAGAUCGCGAACGAAAAGAACGUGACUAUGAGUUAAAAGAAGAUCGUGAACGCCAGGAUCGCUAUGAUAAGCAACAUUUUGUUGACAGGAAAAAGUUUAAACGUAGUUCUAGUCCUUAUUUACCGAAAAAUCGAAAUGAAGUCAAAGGAUCAUCACCUGAACGACUAAAGAAAAAAGAUAAAAGUUGUGAACUAAAACCUGAUGACAAGAAAAAGGAAAAGAAAAUAAAAGACAAAAAGAAAAAGAAGGAUAGCGAAGAAAAAGAAAAGAAGAAAAAAAAGAAAAAGGAUAAAAAAUUAGCUCAAAAAGAGACUGAAAAAAUGGAUAUUAUUGGUCACUUUAAUGAAUCAGAGAAAACUAUUAUCGAUUCCAGUAUGGAAGCGGUAGCAUUAUCUAAUAUCAAAAGAAGUGAUGACGAUGAUCAAGCUAAUAACGGCAAUUCGAUGAAGAAUACAAAUAUUCUUCCACCAACAACUCUUAAAACUGAGUUUGAGAAUAAAUCAUUGAUGAUUAAUCCUGAACCUCCAGAAUUACGAGAUAAUAAUUUAGAAUCUGAUUCAAAUGUUUUUGGAGGUAUCAAUCCUCCGAAUCCAAACUUUGAACCAAUUCUAGAUGUCAAAACAGAAAUAAAACCAAUUGAUCGUUUGUACAGUGAUCUAGAUAAUACUGAAAUAAAUACAUUAAUAACAGAUAAAUAUUCAUUGUUGCCAAAUGUUAGAUAUGAAAGUGACUCAAAUAAUUGUACUAAUAAAUCACCAUUGACUGUAGAAAAAGAAGCAGGUAGUCCUGAACAAUCUGAUACUCUGAUGUACGAAUCAAGAUCAAGUUCCAAAAAAGAUGAAGUGCUAGCACCAAUGCCUGAAUUGUCUAAAUGGGAACGUGAUGAUAAUGGAGACAAACUUGAUCAACUGGUCAAUACAAUGUCAAGAGUUAAUGAGCUUGUUGAUGAAUCCAAAUCGACAAAAGUAGUUACAUCUGAAGUAAUAAAGAGAGCAGAAAAUGCUAUAUUUCAAAAAGCUAUCAAUGCUAUUCGACCGAUUGAAAUAAAAAAAAUCAGUGAAAAUCGAAAGAUUUUAUAUCAAAAUCCGGAACCGAAGGUUUUAGAAUUGGACAUUGACCGUGAAACAAGAAAGAAUGUUAACGUAACCAUAAAUAUUGACAAGAAUGAACGUAAUGUGGAGAUAACUGAACUAUCUAAGAAAGGAAAGUUGGAUCGUUCCAAAUUUAAAAUCUCAUCUGAAACAUAUUCACCAACAAGAUUAUCAGCAAAAGAGAGAUUGGGUGAGAAAGUUGAUGAUGAUAAAGAAAAGAGAUCAACAACUGCAAAGACAUUUGCAGAUAAACGUGAGCACAAUAAAUCUGAUAACUUUUCUAGAUCACGAUCACCUAAGUUCAUUUUGGAUAAAAAACUAUCACCAUUUACAGAUCGAAGUACUAAAUCUGAAUCAAAGAACAGUGAUAGUGAUGACAGAAAAGUAUUUUUCAACGAACAUAGAGUAGAACAAACUGAAAGUGAUCAAAUUUUCGAAAAAAGUGAUAUGAAAAGUGAAAAAUAUGACGUAGCAGAAAAGAAUAGUGACAAUCUUAAUAAUAAAAGUGAUCUUAUUUCGGCCAGAAAUGAACGAGAAAGUCUUCGCCGAAUUCAUACAUCACCUCGAUCGAGUAAAAAUAGUGAAGAUUCAAUGAAGUUGAAUUUCUUGAAACGAAAGAAGGAUGAAGAGGAUGAUAAAAAAGACGAAAAGAAAAUGCGAAAUGAAAAGAAAAGGAAAAAAGAACACAGAAGUAGAAGUAAAUCUAAAGAAAGGAAAAAGCGAAAAGAUAAAAAACAUAAGAAAGAUAAAUCUGUUGAAAAGAAACAGAAAUAUAAAGAUAUUGGUUCCAAGCGCGAUCGAUCUUUUGGAAUAGAGGAUAUACAAAAUUUAGAAAGUUUUAAUUCUUCUCAAAUGCAAAAUUUGAAUAAAAAACAAAGAAAAAAUCCUAAAUUUAUAAUUGAUCGCAAAAGAAGUGCGUUAGAUGAAUCAAGUUUCGAGCCUGAUUAUUCAGCAUCAGAUUCCAAUUCUGAUAAUGAAGAGGCUAAGCUGUCACCAAAAAAACCCAAAUUAGAUGAGUCUAAGUUAAAUACCGAAAAGGAAAUUGAUAUAAAACUUAUUAAAAGGAAAGCUAGAUCAUCAAGUACGGAAGAUAAUUCCAGUUCAUCAGAUUCAUCAUUAUCAGACUCAGAAAGUUCGGAGGAUUCGCCGAAGAAGAAGAAAAAGAAACACAAGAAGCAUAGAAAACAUAAAUCAUCGAAAAAAAGUAGCAGUUCAGAUUCGGAUUCUGAUUCAGACUAUUCAGAUUCCAGUUCGAAUGAUGAAAAAUAUAAGAAGAAAUCAAAAAAAUCAAAGAGUAAGAGUAAGCAAUCUAAGAAGAAAAAAAAGUCUAAGCAUAAAUGACAUCACUAAUUCGUGACAAAAUCUGCUCAUUUGUAAAUUAUUUAGUUAUUCUUUCUUCUCCGAUACUAUUUUUUUUUAUCAGGUACGUUUAACAGCUAUAAUAUUGAUGUAAAUGAUUGAAUAUGACUACAUAUAGUAAGAUAUACUUUGGUAAAUUUUUGUACAGCUUUAAAGAACAAAUAACAUUAUUCUACAUUUUAUUUUAAAAUAAAAUGCCCUGCUUCAAAUGCCCAAUGUUAUAUCUCUGUUUAGUAAUGUAUAAUAUUUGAGGAAAUCAAUAAAAAUUAAGAUUAUACUA